AUGGCCUUCAUGCCGUCUUUCAGUGAAGCAGCCAGUGGCGAACGAGGGGUCCGUUCAAUCAAACGUAGUCCUAACUUGAAUGCACAAUUGAGGGACCAGAGAGUCUCUGUGUGUUUUUGGCCUGAAGCAAGCAGUAGCGAACGAGAGAUUGGUUCAACCAAACAUAGUCAUAACACGAAUGCACAGCUAAGUGACCCGAGAACCUCCUUAAGCUCCACGCGAGGAGCAGACUGUGUCGGACGAGCGUCUUCCUCAAGCAAAUAUUUUAGUGACGCGGAUGUAGAGAAGACUAACCGGGUAAGGCUUGUACGGGCUCAGUGUAGUUGA